AUGACGUCAACAAAGGUUCCCAUGAGUUGCUUCGUAGCUUCGGCACGGGGUGUGACGUCAACGAAGGUUCUCGUGAGUCUCUUCAAAGCUUCAGCAUGGGGUAUGCCCAAAAGAAGGUAUGAAGUCAACGAAAGUUCGGUUGAGUCCCUUCAGAGCUUCAGUAAAAGGGUGCGCCGAACGGAAGGUUCGCGUGAGUCCAUCCGAAGCUUCGACACGGGGUGUGCCAAACUGAAGACGUCAACUAGAGUGGCCACGUGUCGGAUGAAUAGAGGGCGAUUUCCGGCAGCUGUGCAAUUUCCGGCGGUGUUUGGAGCUGCGGAGCGAUUUUCGGCUAGGUUUUCUAGCUUUCAUAACACGAUAUUUGAUAAUUCUGAAAGAGAGAGCCAAAGUCCGCAAAGUACCAAUGCCUUCAGUGGGGAGGACUUGGAGAGUGAUUUUCAUGAUGAAGCCUUGGGUUCGGAUGGGGAGGGUACUAAGUCUAAUGGUAUAGUGGAUGGUUGA